CCAAGCCGCUGCUAUUUCUGCCUAACGCCCACAGCCUCCUACUUAUCUAGUCAUCCGUCUCAUCUCUUGACCUCAUCUGUUUCUCUUUUUCUCUUCUUCUCUCCUCCUUCCUACUUCAAUCCGUCAUUCGUCCGAGUCACGCCUUUCCUUCCCCUCUCAGCCGUGUGACCCCCCCAGGUCAUCCACCACCUUCCCGUCCUAGCCUCAGCCUCGCCCCUUCUCUUUCCGUCUCCCGCUCCUAGCGCUGACACCUACGGCUCCCCAUCGCUCUACCCUUUGCCUUAGCCUUUUCAUCUUCUGCCUACACCGCAGUCUGAUCACGGAAAAAACAAUACAUCUGCACCAUCACUAGCCUCAACUCCGCAAAUCCAAAUCCAUUUCCUUGUCCUCACUACACACCAUGCCGCGCUACUACGGCCUCGGCGGUGACGACGAGUGGUCCAUGGACGGCGAGUGGGGUGGCGGCGGCAUCGGUGGUGGCAUCAGCGCCGGGGCACGACACGUCCACCCACCUAUGGGACGGCGCAGUGGGCUCCUGGAGCCCGAACACGGCCACUUCCAUGCAGCAGGCAUUCACCGCAGCCGGUCGACGGGCUCGCGGCCCACGCCACACAUCCUCAACAUCCACAACAACGUGAACCCGCGCCUGACAGCCGACCAACAGGCGCCGACACGGGCGAGCGCGACGCCGUCGCCGCGCGGCCGCCCCCUCGACGACGAGUGGGCCCUCAACGACGACAUGGAGGUGCGGAUCAUCCGCGAGCGGUCGCGGGGGCGCGGCCUGAGCGACGCACCUAACUUCCAUCGGCACGAGCACCGGCAUGAGCACUGGGGCAGCGCCGAGCGAGAUCGUACGCCGCCCGAGUACCGGGCGCAGCUGCAGCUGGCGGCGACGAGUGAGCGGCUGCGCGACAUGGAGGAGCGGAUGCGGCGGGAGAAGGAGGAGGGCCUGCUUCGCCUCGAGCUCGAGAGCAAGUACGCGCGGGAAAAGGCGGAGCGCGAAGAGGAGGAGCGGCUGAUGAAGCGGCGAGUAGAGCUGCAGAUGCUGAAGAGCAAGGCGGAGCGCGAGGAAGAAGAAGACCGUAUUCGCCGCGAGGAGGAGCGCAUCCGCGAGAAGUACGAGCGCAAGCGGCUGGAGGACGAGCGGGCGCGCGCCGAGGAAGAGCGUCGCCAGGACGAGCUGCGCAAGACGGCGGUCCGCGAGGAGAAGGAGCGCGCUGCCAGUGAGGCCGCGGCGAGGAAGGCCGCGGCGGAGGAGUUUGCGCGCGAGCAAGAGAAGAAAGCCAAGAAAGAGGCGGAGGAGCGGCAGCGCAUCAUCGACGAGGAGGAGAAGGCCAAGCUGGCCAGGAUGAAGCACAAAGCCGAAGAGCGUGCGCGAAUCAUCGCCGAAGUGGAGAAGCAGAAUGCGGAGGCGGCAGCGCGAGAGCAGGCCGAGCGCGAAGCGUUGCUAGCCAAGAUCGAGAAGGAGAAGGCCGAGAAGGCGGCCAAGGAGAAGGCGGCGUGGGAGGAGUACGAGUGCAAGCGCAAGGAGAAGGAGGCCCAGGAGAAGGCAGCCAAGAAGGCCGAGGAGGAACGCCUCGAGGCCGAGAUGCGCAAGAAGCUCGUGCAGUUCGGCUUCCAAGAGAACCAGAUCCAGGGCAUCCUGGACCCGGCCAAGGCGGCGGAGCUGCAGGCCGGCGCGGGGCCAAAUAACCCGCUCACGGUGGUUGACCAUCAUCACCAUCACCACCAGCCGCCGCAUACGCCGACGUAUGUGAAGGUCAAGCGCGAGUAUCUGAGCAUCGAGACGCUGAAGUACUAUGAUUUGCCAUGGGAAUAUGACCGGAACGACGCAGAAUACAUCAUCAUCAUGCGCGAGAUGGACCCGCGCGAAACGGACAUCCUGUUCGAGCACACGCGCCGCAUCAAGGACCGCAGCAGCACGCGCCUGCUCAUCGAGGACCGUGGGCGGUCCAAGAAGCCUGAGUAUGCAUGGGUGCGGCGCAGGCGCUCGGCGCAUGAUAAGAGCCCCGCGAGGCCGGCGAGGAAGAUUGUCUUGGGGGAAAUGUUUAGGUAGGGUGGUGUUGGGGAGGGGCGGGUGACUGAGGGGAGGAUGAUGUGGUGGUAGUGGUGAGAGAGACUGGGCAAGAGGGGGAUGGAGAGAGGGGUGUGCGGUGUUUGCUUGGUGUUGUUGCUUCGCUUCGAUUUAAUAUGUUGCCUGCUUAGCUUGUUUGGUUGUUCAUUUGUCAAGCUUGUCAUCUUAGCCUGUCCCCCAUAAACAUGCACGUUUUCAACCCCAAACCCCAAGCUUCUUCCAUACUACAUGCACAACCCAUAGAUUGCUGAACCGGUGAACAGACAGCGGUAUGCGUACGGUAGCAACGAUGGUAGUGGGUAGUAGCAGUAGCAACAGUAGCAGUAGUCUUAGCGUUAGCGUUGACAGAACUCUUUCUCACCUCAAUCUUCUCUCUCCC